AUGUCUGCACCUGAUAUCAGCGACUCGACUCUAUUAAACCAUUGUUCCGCUUUGGACACUGCCGAACAAAAGAAACCCAAGUUUUUGCAUCAGAUACAAUCACUUCCACAGCUGGAGCCUACUGCUCCAUUUCAACUGCCAACUGUGCCUGAGCUUUCCUCUCACAAUGCUGCCAUUCUUGUUGAGCUUCGAGCAUUUAUCGAUUCCGACCAACUGAUUCCGGAUCUAUUUGAAGUAGGCUCUCCUAGCUACCAACGUGCAGUCGACUACUGCACCACGCCUUGUCUGCGUCGUCAUCUAACUUCGCUUAAAUGGAACCUUGCUCAUGCCAAACAGUGCAUUCGUGAAACUCUGGUCUGGAGAGAAGAGUAUCGACCCGACUUGAUUACUGCUAAAGAUGUGGAAAGUGAGGCCGCCAAUGGAAAUACCUAUAUUAAUGGCAUGGAUAAAGAAGGUCGGCCCAUCAUAUAUGUCAGAAAACGAGGCGCAUUAGGUGACCCAGAAAAGAAUGUCAGACUGGUUGUGUAUACCAUGGAGUGUGCUAUUCGUCUAAUGCCACAAGGCGUAGAAAAAAUGUCCAUGAUAUUCGACUUUACACACUACGCUAAAGCCAAUUCUCCUCCCAUUCACAUCACUCGUAUGAUGCUCAAGUUCAUCAUAUCGCAUUAUCCUGAACGAAUGGGUGUGGCAUUUUUUGUAAACACCCCAUGGGUGUUUGGCAUGCUAUGGAAUGUCAUUUCCCAUUUUUUAGAUCCUGCAACCAAGUCUAAAAUCUACUUUAUCAAACUGGAUCAGGAAAGGCUGAAUGCAGGGGAAAAUACCCAUAACAAUCAAGAUAUCUCCAACGGACUGUCAAAUACAUCAACAGUCUCAUUACCCACACCAGCUAGUUCUUGGUCGCUCUUUUCAUUUGGCAUGACUAAUCAAAAAAGACACGCGGAUUCGGAACCUGAGCUGGCUCCUUCGCUUGGUGUUCAGCUGUCAAACAUGAUUUCUGAAAAAGUUUUGGAAAAAGAUUUUGGUGGAUCUUACGACUAUAAAUACGACUACUCUAAAUACACAGAUGAACUCAAAAAACACAAUAUAUUGUGAUGAUCACGCUUACCCGAUUGUUUUUAUUUUAAUGGGUUAAUCUA